CUGGAAUUGAAACCAGCAGAUUCAAGUCCCAACUUGAUUGGAGACAAGGAGAUGAUUUGUGUGAUGAAUUCAAACGGGUGUUUGAUUAACUCUUUGCAAGCUUACCAUAGGAAAUUGCCAGCCAAUGAACUGAUGAAGUUUAGUACAAAGUUUGGACCUCGUUGCCCGAGUAUAUUUAAACGAAAGAGGACGAAGAGACAGAGGGCAACUGAGUAUUGCAUAAGGUUCAUGGAUAAUUGUAAAAAAAAGAAACUGUUGCCUUCCAAAUAUAAAUUGCGCAGAUCCUCCAAGCAACAUUCUUGGUUUACAAUCAGCCGACUCAAUCUUUCAAGUCAAAUUGAAGCAGGGAUUUGUGAUCCUGAAUCUUUCAAGUGCCAAUUAUCUCUGUCUCCUAUAGUGAAAUCUACAAGGAAAAGAUCGAAAAGGAUUCCCCGAAGUUACUCAUCUUUUUUGCGAGUGUCUCAUUCUGCCAUGGUUGAGAGUACUGAUUCAGAACUCAUCUGCCAUGCUGAACAUAGUUACAAGAAAGAGGACCCCCCAGUAGCGAUAAUGGCAGCUUCUUCUUCGUCUAGCGUAAGAAAAAUUAAGUCUUCCACUCUGAACUAUGAGCCGAGUGUGUACUGUUAUUGUGGUCUGAAAUCCCCUCUGUGCACUGGACAGCAAACUGGCCGAAUGUUCUAUGGGUGUCAACAAUGGAAGGUAAAUAGUAAGUUGUCAUAGUAGUAAUUUUGUUAUCUUUGAUUCACAUUAAAUUUAUUUUGGGUACUGCUGAUUUUGUAAGACAGAGAGGGAUGUGGGUUUUUCCUUUGGAAAGAUGUGCCAGAUUCAAAGCUUGGCAUUCAUACCCAGUUGCCAUACUUCAAUGAAAAACAUGAAGUGAAGAGGAUGAAUAAUUGUUCAAGCGGUGAACAUAUGUGUGUGGUUCGAACUGAGAUUGCUAAUAUUCGAAUACAAUUACAAGCACAGGCUUAGCAAAAUAGAAAGUUUAGGAUGUUGUAUGCAUUUGGAUACUGUGUGACCAUGGGUUUUGUUGCUAUGGUUUAUUUUAAUUCGAGUAAGUCAUGUAUGUGUUAGGAUUGGUACUGUUUGUAUUCCUGACUUUGAAUUUGUAUCGUUUUUGUAUUUUUAUGACAAGACAUGUAUUGUUG